AUGUAUUCGACAAACGCGAAAAUAGUUAAAUUACCGGGUGAAAAACCCGAUGAGUUAGAAAGCUCUAUUUCUCAGGCAUUGUUGGAACUGGAGAUGAAUAGUGAUAUGAAAACUCAACUGCGGGAACUCACAUUCACAGGAGCUAAAGAAGUAGAUGUGCAUAACAAAAAGGCAAUCAUUAUUUCUGUUCCUGUUCCUCAAUUGAGAUCCUACCAGAAAGUUCAAUCGAGAUUGGUUCGUGAACUAGAGAAGAAGUUUUCUGGCAAACAUGUUGUUUUCAUUGCCCAGAGACGAAUCCUCCCAAAACCAACAAGAAAAACUAGACGAAAGAAUAAGCAAAAAAGACCAAGAAGCCGUACCCUAACAGCAGUGCAUAAUGCUAUGCUGGAGGAUCUCUGCUUUCCUUCUGAAAUUGUUGGUAAAAGAAUAAGAAUCAAGACAGAUGGGAGUCAAAUAAUCAAGGUUCAUUUGGACAAAAGCCAACAGACCAAUGUUGAACACAAGCUGGAUACAUUUACAGCUGUGUACAAGAAACUAACUGGUAAAGAUGUAGUUUUUGAAUUUCCAGAAUACGUUCUGUGA